AUGGAUAAUGUUUAUACAAUCAAGAUGCUUGAAAAGCAUUUAAAAUUAGUUAAAAUGCAACCCUUACUUAAAUUGAGUAAAAACGCUAAAGACGCAAUUCUGGCAGACAGUGAUUUUGAAUCUGUGUAA